GCUGAUGCGGUGACGCGCACAGCGCUGCGGGACGGAGGCUGAGCGCAGCGGCGGCGCUAGGAUGAGGAUGGAUUAUAACUGAUGAAGAGAGACGAGCAAUGAUGGGCUGUUCAUCACAUCAUGUGUGUUCGUGACAGCCGGACUGUUUUAUUCACCUCUCAUGUUUAUUCACGUGGGGUUGGUGAAGUUCACCUGAUGCUGAGACGGAUCGACUACUCAUAAGUGCACAAGAAAGUGAGCUUCCUCCAACUGAACCUCAAGGACAAACUCACGGAAUGUAAAUAUUCUUCGCGGAAAAUCACUUUUCCAGCGUUACUUUCGAUACCCAACGCGUGCAUAGCUAUUUCGCGCGCUUGUAGUUGAAGAUCUCUCUUUUUUUGCGUACAAAAUGCCAGCAUUAUUCUGAGCGGAUGGAUUUAACCUAUUUAUUUUAAUCUAAAAGAAGCGAUGUUGUGAGAGUUAUGACGCGGAAAUUCCCGUUUGACGAUGACUGGAGAACGUUAUGUGUGAACGGAGCGUUAUAACGGUCCGCCAAUGACGGAAAGUUGACGAACGUUGUUUUUAUUUAUUUUCUUUUGUUUUAUUUCAAUCUUCAACAGAAUAACGCGAUGCUUUUGUUAAUAGGACGCGUUUUAUCUAGUCCUGACGCGACACCGCGACGCGUCGUUUAAUGUCUUCUGAGGGACGGUAGUGUGCGUUAUUCAGAGAGACAGCGUCUGGCGUGCGUUCCUCAGAGGUUCAGUGUGUAGUGUGCUUUCUUCUGAGGGACAGCGUAUAGUGUGCGUUCUUCUGAGGGACAGAGGGUAUAGCGUGCGUUCUUCUGAGGGACAGCGGGUAUAGCGUGCGUUAUUCCGAGGGUCAGUGUGUGUAGUGCGCGUUCUUCUGAGGGUUGAUGUUCUGCUGGCCGCUCGUGCUGGUUGUGAUGGGCUGUAUUCAGAGCAUCAGAUGCAAACCCAAGAGUUUCCGGGACAGUAUCAUGGUUCUGGAGGUGAACUCCUCCAUCGACUCGAACCCCACCAGCAUCGACGAGUCCUCCAGCGUUGUGCUGCGCUACCGCACGCCGCAUUUCCGCGCGUCCGCCAGGGUACUUGUGCCGCCGGUGGCCGGUAAAGAGAGCUGGACGAUCGGCUGGAUCCAGGCGUGCAACCACAUGGAGUUUUACAACAAAUACGGAUCCAAAGGGAUGUCCAGCUGGGAGCUGCCAGACCUCAGAGAAGGAAAAAUCCAAGCCAUCAGCGACUCAGACGGCGUCAACUACCCCUGGUACGGCAACACCACCGAGACCUGCACCAUCGUGGGUCCCACCAAGAAGGACACCAAGUUCACCGUCAGCAUGAACGACAACUUCUACCCCAGCGUGACGUGGGGCGUCCCGGUGAGCGACAGCAACGUGCCCAUGCUCAGCAGCAUCUGGAGGGACCAGAGCUUCACCACCUGGCUGGUGGCCAUCAACCAGGCGUCCGGCGAGAUCCUGGUGCUGCAGACGGUGCGCUGGCGCAUGCGUCUGCACAUCGAGGUGGAUCCGGACAAGCCGCUGGGACAGAGAGCCAGGCUUUGCGAGCCCAUCUCCCAGGAGCAGCCGCAGGUGCUGGGCAAGAACGAAGCCAUCCCGCCCAACGCCAUGGUCAAACCCAACGCCAACGACGCUCAGGUGCUGAUGUGGCGUCCGCGGACGGGCGAGCCGGUGGUGGUCAUCCCUCCCAAACACUGAGACCAAAACCGGUCAGGAAUCACUGUGCUAAACGCCGCUGCAAAAAGACAAAGUUGGGAAUACUGCGUCUCGGAAAGAGCGUUCACGCUGCCUUAAGUUUACAUUGCUUCCACUGCAAACGUUUCGCCUUAAACCAAGUGAAAUGCAGUAAACCUCGCGCGUUCUACCUGUCUGUAGAUUUGCACUGGAUGUGUCCCAGUUAGUCGCGGUCUAACGGGACCGCGAUGACCGCCGCACGCCCAACCAAACGAGGACACGGUCAUUAUGCAUUCAGUGUUUUCAGCAGGAGCUUCAGUGUUUUAGUUUUCUGUCAACCAGCCACUUCCAGUGUGUUUUACAAGAGCCGAGAGUCCAAAAAUAUAUAUCUUUUCUACUACAUGUGAGUUUGCCGUGUCAGUCAGUGUCAAGACGUCGUGGCCAAUCGAUAGAGCGAAUGCGCAAAAACCAUCCCUUCUCCCGGUGUUUGAAUGAGACGCGUGUGUGCGGCGACAGGGGCACUGAACGCUGCAUCUGCUCUCAAAUCGAUCUGCUCCUCAAAUCAAACACCAUCAGCAGAAGCUGAAGGGAGAAACGUGUUGUUCCCGAACGAACGCGUUGAGAAAGCACGUGUCCAGGCCACAAUUCUGCACAAGAACUAGACGUUAUUUUCAUGGCAGUGCUACAGAUAUGAGCGUAACGUACCUCAAAAGUUGGAAAUGAUUUUUAGCAUUUUUUGAAAGAGCUGCUCACCAAGGCUGCAUUUAUUUGAUCGCAAAUGCAAUAAAAAAGCAACUGUUUAAUGUGUGAAAAAGGGAAGAAAUUAAUACUUUUAUUUAAUAAAAGAGACAAUUUCUGUUUCAAAUAAAUGCUGUUUUCUUUACUUUCUAUUCAUGUGUGAAUCCUGAAAAAAGAUGUAUCAUGGUUUUCUACAAAACUACUGAUAAUAAUCAUAAGUGUUUAGAAUAUAAUUAGAAUACAGAUUUCUGAAGGAUCCCGUGACGCUGAAGAUUAAUAUUAAUGAAAGACACUAACGGCUGACAGUAAUGCUGACAAGUCAGCUUUUUCACAGCAAUAAAUUACAUUUUAACAAGUCAAAUUUUAUUUUAUCAAAUAAAAACAACUAUUCUAAACGUUAAUAUUUCACAGUUUUUCCUGUAUUUUUAAAAAUAAAUGCAGACUUGGUGAGCAGAAGAGACUUCUUUGAAAAAUCUCAAUACGUUCCAAACUUUUGACCAGUAGUGUGUAAAUAACGCGUUUUUAUAAUAUAUUUUUUUGCAUUGCAGUGUUGAACAUUUGAAGGCGGAUCUGCUUGACAUUCGUGCAAAUGACAAUUAAGCACAAUUUUUAUCCAUUCUGCAACUCAAGAUAAAAUGCACUUCAGCGCUUCCUGAUGCCAUGUGUUAUUGACCCAUCGAAGGCCUUAUUACACUGAGAUGUGAUUGUGUUGACGGACAGAUGAGCGUUGAUGUGAUUCAGUCAAACGCUGACCAGCAUUUAUACGCGCACAAGGAUCCAACACCACGACUGACACUGAGCUUUACGUCCAUCUUCAUCAGCGCUGGACGGCCAGAGACUCGUGUGUGUUUCAUUUCAUCAGACGCUUAAGUUAAUCUUGUGUGUUUGAUCUGCUCACGUGAUGCGAGUCUGCAGGUGUGUGUGUGUGUGUGUUUGGACGCGUAUACACAACAUUACCGAAGAACUUUAGUUCAGACUUCUGAUAUACUUCCGGCAGACUUUUAUUUAUCACCAGAUCAAAAUUAAAUGUUUGUGUUCAAGUCAAAACUCUCACAUCCUGCUGUGAACAGACACAUUACGACAUCUUACAGACAAUAAAUUCAUAAUAAAUCCUCCAAUCAUUUAGUUCUGGAUAUGAAAUAGUAACACUGAAUCCCUGCAGCUCCAUUAGCAACAUGUUUAUACUGGGAGUGUGUGCGAGAGAGAGCGAGUGUGUGUGUGUGUGUGUGUGCGUGAGGCGUCAGACUCGUUUUUCGCUUUCUCUUUUCAGAAGGUACGAUGGGAUUUCGGGCCGUUUUAUAGCUUGACAAUAAUACUUGAAAAACAGACGUGGGAAACAUUUCAAACUGUGAAGAUGCACAUUGUGAGAACGAAACGUUCAAAGACAGCUGAAUUUUUCAUGAAGAAUACAAUAAAACUGUGAGAUUCA